CCGCGAAGGAAGUCAACUUGGACUUCUACAACCAUCAAGAUGAGCGGAGGAUGGAAUACCAGUAUGUGCCAUAUCGACCGCAGUCAAUGACGGCUUACUGACCUCUUGUAGUCGAAUCCGAUGCGGUUCGUAGCCGCAAACCUGCCUGCCCAUCCCAGAGUCGCCGCUGACAUCUCUUAGGGUGUUUUUACUUUCCUACUCGAUAAUCUUGGAGUAAAGGAUGUGCAAUUCGAAGAGCUCAUCGCUCUAGACGCCGAUUAUCUUCGCCAACUCAAUCCCGUCUACGGCGUCAUAUUCCUCUUCAAAUACCCUACCGGCGAGAAGGCAAACAGCGAUGGCACUCCCAAAGACGGUCAAUACGACUACGAUGCCUCCGAGAACAUGUUCUUCGCCGCGCAGACGAUUCAGAAUGCUUGCGGUACUCAAGCUCUUCUCUCCGUCGUAUUGAACAAGGAUGGCGUUAUUGAUGUUGGGACUCCUCUGAAGGACUUUAAGGAAUUCACAACCGGGUUUCCACCAGACAUGCGAGGAGAGGCGCUCAGCAAUUCAGAUUUAAUCAGAGAUGUUCACAACAGCUUUGCGAAAAGUAGUCCAUUCGUUGACGAGACGCAAAGAAUGGCUACGGAGGACGACGAUGUAUAUCACUUCAUUGCGUAUACGUCUAUCAACGGCACACUUUAUGAACUAGAUGGCCUUCAACCAGCGCCUAUUUCCCAUGGAUCUAGCUCGAUCGAAGAAUUCCCUGAAAAGGUCAUACCAGUUUUGCAGCGACGCAUUGAGAGAUACCCCGCUAACGAGAUCCGAUUCAACCUCCUCGCUAUGAUUAGAGAUUUACGGGUUCGAGCAAGAGAAUUUGGAGACCAAGAAGCGCUAUAUAGGGAGGAGGAGAAGAGAAGCGAAUGGCAGUUUGAAAAUUCUUUACGAAGACACAAUUUCGUCGGAUUCGCCGGGGAGAUUCUGAAAGGGGUCAUUAAGGAAAAGUUGAAGGAGGGACCGGAAGCGUAUACAGCUUGGAUCAAGGAGAGCGAGCAGAAAACGAAAUCGAGAUCUGAAGAGAAAAAGAAGAUUGGGGGCGAGGGCGAGGAGAUGUCGGGUUGA